AGAACUGUCGGAUUUCAUUUCACAACAUUUUUGCCGCUGGAUUAGAAAAAUGUUUAAAAUUAUGAAUUAAAUGAAUAAAUAAAAUAUUUUUUCUUUAGAAACCAACCAAAUUAUUGCAACAUGUCAUGUUCUGCUGCAGAAAUUGCUGAGAAAAAGCGAAUAGCUCUCGAAAAAUUAAAGGCCAAAAAGGCAAGUUUGGUGAAUAUAAACAAUAACAACAGCAGUAAACAAUCGCCGCAAGCAGUUGUCACUGCGCCAUCAAUAUGCAAGUCUGUGGCCCCUGGAAUCACCGGAAACCUAAUAUCAUCUAUCAACGCUACAAACAACAAAAACAAUAGUAAAGCUGAUCCGCCUAACACAGCUAUGCCUGUGCCUUCAUUAAAUAAGACUGGGCCUCCAUUAAACAAGCCUGCGCCUCCAUUAAGCAAGCCGGCGGGUCCGGUGUUAGCGGUUCCUAGCGCAGAAAACAGAGCAUCCUCUUUCCUGAAUGCCAUGAAGAGUAGUAACAUUUUUAAACAACGUCAAGAACUACAGCAUCCGGCUCGAGAUGCAGCACAUCCAUAUAAAAGACCUACAUCUAAUGAGGUUACCAUGGGGGACUUUUAUAAAAAGAAAUCACUAGAUGGAGGUAAUGGGAAAAACUAUAUCCAGAACGGUGGGGCCCAAACAAAUACUGCGCAAACGCAGAAGAAUGUUGCUCCUGUAUUUCUAAAUUCUGUCAGUUGCAAAGUUGCAAUGAUAAAUGCUCAACGAUUUGAGGUACAGCCUUCCAGUUUUCAUAAUAAACUUAUCGAAGUCUUCAAAAGUAUACCGUCUAAAACGUAUGAUCCUCAAACCCGUUUUUGGAAUUUUGCUCUCACCGAAUAUAAAUUGUUGCAAGAUCGAGUAAAUAAUUUGAAGCCAGAUGUUGUUAUGGGUGUAAUACCGAAGGCAAUAUUAAAUUUAUGCCUUGCACCUGCAAAACGAGUAGACAGUUCAUGUUUGGAGUCAUUGGAACCAACUUUGGCUAAUAAACUAAUGCCAUUUCAAAGGGAAGGUGUAAGCUUUGCCAUAUCUCAAAAUGGCCGUUGUAUGAUCUGUGAUGAAAUGGGUUUGGGUAAAACCUACCAGGCUAUUGCGGUUGCUGACUUUUAUAGAGAAGAUUGGCCACUCUUCAUUUGUACCACAGCAUCAACCCGAGAUUCAUGGGCUAAUCACAUUCGAGAACUCCUACCAUAUAUACCUUUGCAUUACAUUCAAGUUCUCAAUUCCAAUCAGCAAUAUAUAGGCGAUUGUAAAGUUCUCAUAACCAGUUAUAGCAUGAUGGAAAGGAAUAUUCAACAAAUUACAGAUCGUAAAUUUGGUUUUUUAAUAUUUGAUGAAUCGCAUAAUUUAAAAAAUCCAAAAGCAAAAUGCACUAUGGUAGCUGACCGCUUAUCACAGCAAGCUAAACAUGUAAUUUUGUUAUCCGGAACACCUGCCCUAUCGAAACCUGUUGAAUUGUUUAGUCAAUUGCAAAUGAUUGACCGGAAAUUUAUGAGCUAUAUUGAUUUUACAACACGUUAUUGCGAUGGUAAACAAACGAAUUUUGGUUGGGAUGCUAAUGGCCAAUCUAACCUGAAGGAACUUAAUGUGGUACUGAAACUUAAAUUUAUGAUUAGAAGAACCAAAGCUGAAGUACUCAAUGAUUUGGCAGAAAAAUUUAGAGAAACGGUGGUGCUAGAUCCUUCCUUGGUUUGGUCAAACGAAGAAAUUAAAGAGUCCUUAAGCACUGUUGCCAAAACUUUUCAAAGUAGUAAAGGUCAUGAAAGAGAGCAAAUUCUCUUGCGAUUUUAUGCUCAAACAGCUGAAGUGAAAACAAAAGCUGUUUGCGCCUAUCUUAAACAACAAGUUAAGGAACCAAAGAAGUUUAUUGUUUUUGCCCAUCACCGCGUUAUGUUGGAUGCCAUUUGUGACUGCCUGGGGAAACUUAAAGUUACAUUUAUACGCAUUGAUGGUUCGACAAGGAAACAGGAUAGAGGUGAAUUUAUCGAUGCAUUUCAAAAGAAACCAUCAUGUAAGGUUGCCGUAUUAUCAUUGGGCGCAUGCAACUCCGGCAUAACAUUGACAGCAGCCGAACUCAUUUUAUUUGCAGAAUUAACGUGGAAUCCAAGUACAUUAGCCCAGGCUGAAAGCAGAGCACAUCGUAUCGGUCAACAAAACCCUGUUACAUGUCGUUAUUUAAUGGCGUCAAAAACGGCAGAUGACAUUAUCUGGAAUAUGCUGAAAGCGAAACAAGAUGUUCUCAAUAAAGCUGGUAUAUUUUGUGAGAAUCUUCAAGACGCUACACUCACCUCAGCACCAACUACGUCAAAUAAAAUUGAAAAAUACUUUUCUCCUGCUAAGCCUGCAAGUGCCGCCUCUGUGUUUUCGCCAAGUGAAUCAUGUAAAAAGACUGCUACCCCAAAGCCAACCGUAGAUAAUUUAAAUAUAAGUAAAGAAAUUGAAAAUAUUGAAGAUUUUUUCCAAGAUGAUGAUGACGAUGCUUUUAAGGAUAUUGUGUGUUGAUUGUUUAUAUAUUACUUACUUUUAAAUUCUAUGAAAGGAAAAAUUUCAAAUAUUAAAAACAACUUGUUUUAUAUUUUGAAAAAAAAAAAAAAUGUACCAAAAAUAAUAA